CCAACCUAUUCGUCAUGGCUGCUGAAUUACUCUUUCCUAAGCUGGUGAUUUUUGGGGCGUCAGGGCCAACUGGACGUCAUUUGGUACAAAACGCAUUGACAAAAGGUCACUUUGUGUCCGCUGUUGUGAGGAGUCCAGACAAAUUCGACAUCAGUCAUGAAAAGUUGGAAGUUCUUAAAGGAGAUGUGUUUGACUCAGAAUCACUAAAUCCCAUCCUUCAAGGCAAAGAUGCUGUGUUAUCUUGCCUCGGUGCGCAUGGCACAAGUGUCUUUAAACACACAACCUUGUACUCAGAGUCAAUGAAGUCAAUAUCAGCAGCGAUGGAGAGGAAUAAAGUGGAGAGAUUAGUGUGCGUAACAUCGUGGGGCACUCGGAAAGAACCAGGAAAUCCUAAAAUAAUGGAGUACUUGCUCAAGCCGCUGAUAAUGGCCGGAUUCAUACAUGACAUGGCGCUGAUGGAGAGGAUGCUAAUGGAAACAAAGUUGAACUACACCGUUGUGCGUCCCCCAGAAUUAAAAAAUGGUCCGGCUAAAGGAGAUUACGCAGUGCAAGAAGGGCAGAUUGUCCCGAACGCGUCAUGGUCUAUACCAAGAGCCGAUGUUGCCGAAUUCAUGUUAUCGUCGCUUAAUACCCAGGAAUGGGACAGAAAGUGCGUGGCCAUAGGCAGGAAGUCGUGACAUGUGAUAUGAAUGGUAUUUAAAGUAUCUAACUGAUUAUUUAAUACCUUUAUAAGGAAGACUCCCUGUCAGUCAAAUCAAGUAAUAAGGGUCAAGGCCAGGGUCAAAAAAUAGACUUUUGUUUAACAUUAAACAGCUUUCCCUUUUUUUUUUCUUUCUUUCUUUUUUUUUGUGAUUUCUUUUUUAUUAGAUGUUUGAUAGAUGACUGAAACUGACAAACAAUAUCACGGAUAAAAAUACGCCACAACAUAUCCAGGGUUUAGAAACUGAUCUGAGUCAUUUGACGGAUAGUACACGUUGGCGCGCGCUGAAAAAUGAAGGUGAAAAUCAUAACAGGUACUGCACUAGGUUAUCCCUUUUGUUAAAUGGAGAAAGCCAGCAAGUGACUUUAUUUUCCUAUGAAUUACGAGUUUAAAGUCACCAUUCCCACUGACUGUUUCGUAUUGAUACGAAGUCACGUUUUCAAGGGAAAACGACAGUGACGGCAGCACAGAAGGAAAAUGGUAUUGUCAGAGUCAUUCGCGAAUGCGGUUCAGCUUACGAGAUUCUAUAAUUUCGCACAGUGCACGUAUUACGCUAAUAUAAAUGUACAGUAUAAGAUGUCGUUGCACUCUUUAUUGUUAAUAUUACUACAUCAGGUCUUCCUGUAUUAUCGAGUUAUCUAAAGUACUUCAAGUAUUUACUUUGUGUAGUGCUAAAGGACGAGACCACUGUAAACCGUUCCGGGGAGUGUUCUUUGAAGUAAACUCACAGACUUUGGUUAAACGAUUAGCGUCUCUCUAGCGAAAGCUUCCCAGAAACAUGAAGUUUAAUUAUGCCCAUACAGUGCACUCCAGAAAGGCUCCCUAUGAGGUUCUAAAGCCUUUUUUACACGAGACGGGAUCUCCAAUGACCCAAGCGCCAUCGAUUUUUUAAAGCUUUGAAGGGUCACGUUUGUUUUAUUAGCCACUGCCGUCUCUGUAAUGAUGAACUUGCUACGAUUGAGUUCCAUGAAACCGGCUGAAAUGCAAACUGAAUUCCCUCGAUCAGGAGAGCGGCCUGUUCAACGCGAUGGGUUAAAAGAUGGGUGAAUAGUAACUUUCCGCCCCAAGCCUCUACCGCCUUCUUCGAGCACCCAGUUUACAAACAGUACGCCCAAUUUUGUAUUUACAACGACACGGUUAAAAGGAGUUCAAUAUUAUCCACUUUAUCUCUAUAUAUCCAAAACUUCCGUAGUCUCGUGGGUUUUACGAAACUCAUCGGAGAGACUGGUGGGCGCCUUGGAGACAAACUCAGAGCACUUACCUUCUCUUUGGUCAAGACCUCGCGACCAACAGCAUUGUAUUUUAGAAGGGCUUUCAUCUUUAAACCCAUAGAUUUCGCCUGAACCGACUGUUCCUCAACAGAAUCUGCAGUGAAGUGAAUGCUGCACAGACAGCUAGAGUUUGCUGGGUUCACAAAAUCGGAUCACGUGUUUUUCACGGCUCUCGUCCUGGCGAAAUAAGGAUCUUCGGGCCAUUUAUGAAGGCUUACUGCAUCGCUACGUGCAUUGAAACAUCCACCGGCCACACAUCGUUGCGGCAUUAUUGUAUUUUUGGGGCGCUAUUUUGAUUUUGAAGAAAUCCCGGUGCUCCUUUGUAAGAAAUCUCAUCGGAAGUUGAAUGAGUUCUCCCUUCUACGUCACUUUCGUCGGGAGGCAAAGCAUCUAAGCUCCAACCGCGCGUUGAGAAAAGUUUCAAAUUUAAACGAAAACUACGAAAGAUUUACCCUUUUUUUUUUUUUUUUCAGAAGAUCUGUUUUAUUUAAGUUGUUGUCCGUCUUUUCUCAAAAAGUUAUUUCAGGCGAGAGCCAACGUGAUCAGCUGACUCACGAUUACUGUCACGCAAUAUUUUUCUUUAUUUUCUUUCUAAUUAGCUGUGGUGUUCAUAGUCAACUUAGUUGCGGAAAAUUGUAAAGAGCAAGUUUAACGUUGAAUCCUGGAUAAACUCAAAACAUCUUUCGUUUCUAGGGAUAUGUUCAUUAGCGGUGUGACUAAGUGCCCAGUAGCCGGGCACGGUCUCAAAUAGACUAAAUGCCCGGCGCUCAGAAAUCUUUACAGAAUUUCUAUUGAAAGGUUCUAAUUUUUUUAAAAAUCAGAUGUUUGUUAAUUUUUUUUUUUUUAGUGGACAAAUUCUGCGAGCUUGUGCACUGUAUAGACCCCACAAUACCGCUCGGCCAGCCACGAUCUCGAAUAGCCUAAAUGCCCGGCAGUCAGAAAUAUUCAGCACACGAAUAGCCUUUAUGCCCGGCUGUCGGAAACAUCCCUCCGAAUUCCGAGGAAGUACAGAAAACCUUUUUCACGGAGUAUAGGUUUAGACAGCUUGUUUCGUUUUACCGCGAAGUUAGAGGGUCUCGAAAGGCCUAAAUUCCCGCCAGUUGGAAAUGUCCCCCGAAUUCCGAGAAAAGUACAGAAAACCUUUUUCAUCACAGUGAAGUUGUACUUUUAUUCAGUGUAACAGGGCCUCGGGUAUUUAGUCUAUUUGAGACCGUGCCCGGCUGAAAUAUUUAACCCUUUACACCCUAACAUCCGAAUGCAUAUUUUCCAUACAGUUCUCUAUACAUUCCCUAAGGUGCUGACAAAGUUUGUGAUCAUUUCCUUUUUUCUCAUGAUCUUUAUUUUAUUCAGGCGUUUCAUUGUAAGGAGAAAGUAGAUGCCAGUCUCUGUCAGGGGUUAAAGAGUCAGAGUGUCGACAACCGAGGGGAAUGUACCACUGUCCAUUUUCCACCGAAUAAACAGAUUAAUUUUUGGAAUCGCUUUACAUGUCUAAACAAACAUUUAAUAUCAAGUUAGGAAGUUUGACGCAGCCCCAAACAGUUUCUUUAGAAACUAUCAACCUUUAUUCAUUUGUAUUUUGAUUGCUGCGACCACUAACUUUUGUCUUGCCACCGACGCAGCCCCAAACAGUUUCUUUAGAAACUAUCAACCUUUAUUCAUUUGUAUUUUGAUUGCUGCGACCACUAACUUUUGUCUUGCCACCGACGCAGCCCCAAACAGUUUCUUUAGAAACUAUCAGCCUUUACUCUUUGAGAUCGUGCCCGGCUGCCAGGCAUUUGGUCACAUUUAUUUCGGUACUGCCUCGGCUCAGCGCUGAACUCAACUUUCAUCACAAAAGGGGAAAAAAUGUCAGAUCAUCGGCGCAAGUUAUGCUUCAAUCGAUUCAUAUGCAGAAUUGAGAGUCAAGACCCGAAAAACUACCUAACGUUUCCAAUCUCGGGGGCACUGUCAGGAGCUUAGAGGUUAACCCAGUUUACUCCACCAGGAAGAAAAUAUCAUGACGUCUCGAGUAGCUUCUAAUGAUCGUGUUCACAAGGCCAAGCACGUUGGGCAACUCUCCCGACCCUUCAAUCAAAAAUUGUCUUAAAAGCGAGUUUGUUAAAUCCUGGUUGAAUUUUUGGUAGGAAAAAGCUCUAACUAUCGCCUGUUUUAUUCCACCUUCUCCAAAGCCGACCUGUAAUAUCUAUUGUCAAAUGCAGUGGAACCUCGAUUUAACGAACCUCUACAUAACGAAGUCCCCGCUAUAACGAACGAUACGUUUCAGCCCGGCUUAAGUUACAGUAAAAUGUAUGCCACAGAACCUCAAUAUAACGAGCCUCGAUAAAACGAAAUCAUCGUUCUAACAAACACAAUCCAGAAGCCCAAACAUAAUAUACAGAUACCCUGAUAUAACGAACAAAUGGCAACACCUCACCAAAGACAGAUGCGAAACAGACUACAGUGCAGUACUGUACAGUGGUGUUCUUUUGUUUAAAACUGUACACACACUUUAUGUUCAUUAUGACAUAUGACAAGUCAUGCACAAAAGAAAGGGAAUUUCCGCGCUCUUUCUCUUAAAUGAAAGGCGCAUUUUAAUGAAAUGUUUUGAUUAAGCGUCUAGAUGACCAAUUUUAGUUGUAAAGUAAAGAAUGACAAAAAAAUAAGACCAUUUUCAUGGGAAGAAUUUUUGAUUGGGCGCCUUGAUUAGUAAUUUUAGUGGUGAAGUAAGGUUGGUUUUCUUUUGUUUAAAUUUUCUAUUCUGUUAACGUUUUCAAUAUGGUAUUUGACAAGCCAGUUGCAAUUUUUAAAAUUUGGUUGACCCGUUUAGUUUUCGGUGCUGUAGCCACAGGGAGCCCAGACAAGCGACGAGUCUGGUUGUUUAUUCGAAAUAUAAAGGAAUGUAUGGGAGAAUA